AUCAUCUGCUUUGCUCACAUAACCAUUCAUCCGGCAUUCGUGCCACUUGCUCAUUCUUUGAUUGUUUGUCUUGGUCGUCAGUCGCCUCAUUUUCUCGUCUGAAUCAAAAGGAAAAUGUCGAGCACGUCAGUCAGCGAUUUGGUUAAAUUAUUUGGCCCACGAGCAAAAUUAAGUCGACAUGUCUCCUCGGUAAACGACGAAUCUAAAGAAGAUUGGAAAAUUCGAUUCGAUAAGGAACGUGAAAAUGCCAUUCGUGCUGAAGCAGAUCUCAGUAGGCGAAGAUCAUCUGGAAGAUUUUCCAGUCAAAUUGAACAAAUUAACCAGCAACACGAGGCUAUGGAUGAAUCCAAUCCAACUGGUGUCAGUUUCACUGCGGUCGAUCCCGUAUCACAUCCUGCAUCCUCCACCACUUCCCUUGAACAAGCCGAUUGGGAAUCUGAACGCGAUGGCCUUUAUCAGCUACUGAAAAAUAAGGAUGCAGAAAUCAACGAAUUACAUCAACUUGUAGAGAAACUCAAGAAACAGACAAUGGAACAGGAGGAAACAAUCGGUGCCGUUUGGGAGCUCGCACUGAAUCAAUCUACAUCUUCUUAAAUGUUCAUUUCUAUUGUUUUAAAAUUUUGUCAUAGUCAAUAUCUUGCCAAUUUUUAUCAUCCCUUUCAUCCUGAAGAAGAAAUACAAUCCGAUAAUAUUAAAAAAUGAAAAGCUAAAUUUCAAACAACAGUAGAGGCUUCGUAGCAGACGAAUAUAUUAUGCCGUUGCUCGGAAACUGGGCUGUGUCAACUUGUUAUUAUCGAUGAAUUUGUUGUCAAAAGAAAAAUAAAUCUUGGUCGUAACUUGGCUCUAAUCGGAAGAUUAGAAAAUGGGAAACUCGGGUCUGAAGCAACAUUUGGAAAAUUCGAGUAAAACUGGCGUGUUUCAACUCAAAGACGCCAAUCUAUCCGAGUUACCCCCAGAACUACUUCAAAUUGCUCAGACACUGAGAACUCUCGAUUUGUCUGGAAACAAAAUAGAGCAGUUACCAUCCAAAAUCAGCUCGUUCAACAUGUUGAAACACCUUACCCUCAACAAAAACCGACUUGGAAUUAUCCCUUCCGAACUGGGGCAGCUCACCAAACUUGAAACACUUAUUUUGAGUUCCAACAGACUGACCAGCAUUCCACCUACCUUGUCGAAAUUAAGAAACUUGAAACUAGUCAAUUUAAGCGACAACCGUUUGACCACAUUUCCCCUGGAAUUCUGUGAUAUGAAGCAUCUGGAUGUGCUCGACCUAUCGAUGAACAAAAUGACAGAAGUUCCUGCAGGAGUGGGCAAAUUGCAAGUCGUGGAGCUGAAUCUCAACCAAAACCAAAUCCAAUUGCUUUCUGACGAAUUAGCCGAGUGUCAGCGAUUGAAAACCUUACGCCUUGAAGAGAACUGCCUGCAGAUGAUUUCCGCAACCAUCCUGAAAGAAUCAUCCAUUUCCUUGUUGGCUGUCGACGGCAAUUUAUUCGACAGCAAGGAUUUAAUGAAAGCCGAUGGCUACACCCAGUACAUGGAACGCUACACGGCGACCAAGAAAAAGAUGUACUAAAAAUUAUAAAAAUUAUGUUUUAUGUUCUUAAAAAAAAUAUCUGUUGUAAAACGCCGAGGUUGCUGCGAAAUCAUCGAAAAAGCAGACCAAUUAUAUUCUUGACUAUCUCACCCUUAUUUUGUGCUUAAACACGUUAAUUGGUCCCUUUACUAAAAUCAAUGUCACAAGUGUUGUACUAUAAUUUUUGUCAACGUUUAUUACAAAAUCAUGUGAUGAUGGCGCAGGAA